CAAGUGUACAAUAUUAAACCAUAAUAACAAAAUAUUUAUCAGUGUUUUCCAAAAACUGAACGGCAGUCUCUUAUGGGACAUUUCGUUGCGACAAACCCGUGCUGUUUCACAAUUGUUGGCAAGCUCGUGCCAAUCUGAAACAGUGAACAGCAGAAUAUUGCAUAAGUCACUGUGUGCAGCUUUCCCUUUGAGAGAAGUUACUUUCGAUGUAGACCUUUGAUCGACACGGCUCGGAACUGUAGGAUUCUUUUCGAUUCGUCGAUGCUUCAUCUCGGUCGCUGACGUACAUUUACAUGGAAGUAUUUUUAUAGGCUAUAGGAAAUCAACCUGUCGCCGUGUGGGUUUUGAUCGGAUACCUGACACAUUUCGGGGUUAUUGUUGCUGACUAAUCACGAUUGAGAGAAGUGAAUAAUGCCCAAAGAUUUCCACUGGUCCCACUGCUGCAGAAAUGCCCUGAGGCUUAGUCUGGACUGAAGCCAAGGUGAUAUGCAUUGAAGAUGAGUGCUGUCGGGGAAAACUCGUCGGACCCUGCCAGGUCAGAGGGUCAGAAGCGUAAGGAAUGCCCAUCAGACCUCCUGGGCCCAAGUCCCAAACGAAGCACUGAAAAACGUAACCGGGAACAUGAAAAUAAGUACAUAGAGGAGCUUGCAGAGCUGAUUUUCGCAAACUUCAAUGACAUCGACAACUUCAAUGUCAAGCCUGACAAAUGUGCAAUCCUAAAGGAAACCGUGAAACAGAUUCGUCAAAUUAAAGAGCAAGAAAAAGCUGCUGCAGCCAAUGAGGAUGAAGUGCAGAAGGCUGAUGUGUCGUCGACAGGCCAAAGUGUUAUUGACAAAGAUGCCCUUGGACCAAUGAUGCUGGAGGCCUUAGACGGUUUCUUCUUCGUUGUGAACAUGGAGGGGAACAUUGUGUUUGUGUCAGAGAACGUGACACAGUACCUGCGGUAUAAUCAGGAAGAGCUGAUGAACACCAGUGUGUACAGCAUCCUGCAUGUAGGAGACCAUACAGAAUUCAUCAAAAAUCUCCUGCCCAAGUCACAUGUGAACGGAGUGCCGUGGUCCAGCGAGAAUCCUCGACGGAACAGCCACACCUUCAACUGCCGCAUGCUCGUGAACCCUCACAGCGAGGCCGAAGAGACGCAGGAUCACGAGGCACAGCAGAAAUAUGAGACUAUGCAGUGUUUUGCUGUGUCUGAACCAAAGUCCAUCAAGGAGGAGGGAGAGGAUUUCCAGUCGUGUCUGAUCUGCGUCGCACGGAGAGUUCCCAUGAAAGAGAGACCCAUGCUCCCCACGCACGAAAGCUUCACCACCCGCCAAGACCUCCAAGGUAAGAUCACCUCACUGGACACCAGUCUGUUACGAGCGUCUAUGAAGCCUGGCUGGGAAGACUUGGUGCGAAGAUGCAUUCAGCGAUUUCACCUCCAGAACGAUGGAGAUAUGUCAUUUGCCAAGCGGCAUCAGCAAGAAGUGAUAAGGCAUGGGCAGGCAUUUAGUCCCAUCUACCGGUUUUCCCUGUCCGACGGGACCAUCGUCUCAGCUCACACCAAGAGCAAACUGGUUCGCUCACCUGCUACCAACGAGCCACAGCUCUACAUGUCCCUGCACAUCUUACAGAGGGAGCAGUCCGUCUGUGGCAUGACCCCCGAUCUCGGAAAUGCUCAGGCUAUGGGCAAACCCAUGAACCCCAUGAGCUCUCCCAAUCCAGCUGGUUCCUCCGGCGCCCCCCAGGGACAGGAUGCCACAGUCAGCAGCAACACAUCCACUUUCCCCUCCCCUGGUGGCCAGAAGGAGCCUGGCGCCAUCGGCCCUGUACAGGGCCACCGUUUCGGCUGCCCAGGGACCAUGAAUCAUUCGGCAACCAUGCAGGCGGCCACCCCUCAGGGCAGUGGCUAUCCACUGAAGUUAAGCAGCCCGUCUCAGGGCAGUCCGGGCAUGCUGUCUCCACGCCACCGAGCAAGUCCCGGAGUGGCAGGAUCUCCACGCCUGCCCCCUCCGCAGUUCUCCCCAGCAGGCAGCCUCCAUUCACCUGCGAGCAUGUGCAGUAGCAGUACAGGUGGCAAUGGGGGAGUAGGCGGCAACCAUGGAUACACAAGCAGUUCUCUUAAUGCCCUACAGGCGCUUAGCGAGUGCCACGGCGUGAGCCACGGCCAAUCGUUGGGCUCACCCGACAGGAAGUUGGGGUCGCCAGCUGGUGUGGGCGUCAAUCUUCACCUGCUGACUAAAAUGGGAGCCUCCGAGUCAUUCGGAGAGCAGAACCAAUCCGAGCAGGGCAACAGCGGGCAGGACGAUGGCAUCGAACAGCAAAGAGAUGAAAAGGGCAACCUCAGCCAGUUUAACAACCAGGACGGCAGUGACCCACAGAACCGGCUACGUGACAACAAAGGCCAUACUAAACUCCUGCAGCUCCUCACCACUAAAACUGACCCUAUCGAGUCCACCUCACCCCCUCCGAUGGGUGGUGGAGAGCCCGGGUGUAAGGAUCCCAACGGGGGCCAGGGAAAUGGUGGCCUAGGCUCUCAAACCGGAGUCGGGUCACAUGCUACCUCCUUGAAGGAGAAGCAUAAAAUCCUUCACAGACUUCUCCAGAACAGCUCGUCACCCGUCGACCUGGCCAAACUCACGGCCGAGGCCACGGGGAAGGAGCUGUGUCAGGAUUCUGCAGGUGGGACGGCCGGUGUGGCUGAAUUGGCCAUUAAACAAGAGCCCGUCAGCCCCAAGAAGAAGGACAACGCCCUGCUGCGCUACCUACUGGAUAAAGAUGAUAACGUUCUCAAGGGUAAAGACAUCAAGAUGGAACCUGGAGAGAUAAAGGUGGAGGGCGGUAAGAUGCCAGGAAUUAAGACGGAGAAAACCGAUGGUGGCUAUGACCGUGUGGAUCCGUCGAGCGAGCUGGAUGAUAUCCUGGAUGAUCUACAGAACAGUCAGCCAGGCCUGUUCUCGGACUCACGGCCUGUAUCUUUGCCUGCUGCCGUGGACAAGCAGUCAAUCAUCAAUGACAUCCUGCAGAUGACUGGAGAGGGCGGAGCCAGCAUGGGUCCCCAGCAACAGAGAGCACUACAGGCUGUGGGCCAACAGAAUUUCGGUGCGCCGCGGCCAGGUCAUCCCGGCAGAGCUCCUCCGGUCAGAAGCGUGUCUUUGGAAAUGAACAUGUCUGCUAAAGGUGCUCAGGGUCAGUACCCUCUGAUGAGGAACAACAGCCCCUACUCACUCAUGCAGCAGCAAGGCAUGAUGGGAAACCACAGUGUCAUGCCUAAUCAGCCCAACAUGGUCAAUGCAGGAGUCAUGGGUAAUAACGGUGCCCGUGUAGGAAUGCAGCAGGACGGUUGGGGCGCACAGGGCCCUGGUCCCGUCGGAAGUGCUACCUCACCCGCCACAGCUGCACCCGCCGGCCAGCACGCUCUCCCGCAGGGGGCGCUCCACGCUCGUAUGGUGCCUAACUCUGGCACAGGCAUGCCCAUGAGGCCCAACAGCCAGCCUGGACCCAGACAGAUGCUUCAGCCACAGAUGAUGACCAAUGCCCAGUCAAACAUGGACAUGGGCAUGGCUGGCCACCAGUUUCCCCAGCAACAGGCACCGCCCAAUCAGACGGCUCCAUGGCCAGACAGUGUGAUGCCUAUAGAGCCGGUGGCAUUUGGGAACCAGAACAGCUCCAUAUACCCCGGUUCUCAGGAAGAUGUGCUGUGCCCUCCUCCUUCUGAGGGUCCGGCCGAUGAGGGCGCUCUCCUCAGCCAGCUCUACACGGUCCUCAAAGAUUUCGAUGGCCUAGAGGAGAUAGACCGUGCACUUGGUAUCCCGGCAUUAGUGGGACAGGCCCAGCCGGUGGAGCAGGAUCAGUUCUCUGGUCAAGACCCCGGUAUGAUGAUGGAUCAGAAGCCGCCCAUGUACGGCCAGCAGCAGUACACUGCAUCUCAGGCCCACAUGCAGCAGGGCGGGUACGCACCCAUGCAGGACCCCAGCUUCCACGGCAUGACGGGACAGAUGGGGCAGAGGCCGGGAUACCCCAUGCUCCGUGUGCCGGCAAGACCAGGACUCAGGCCCACCGGGGUCGUCCCCAACCAACCCAAUACACUCAGACUGCAGCUUCAACACAGGCUACAAGCACAGCAGAAUCGCCAGCCUAUGAUGAAUCAGAUGACUGGAGUGUCAAAUAUGAACCUACCUCUAAGACCCAACGUUCCAAAUCAGGGGACAAUCAACGCUCAGAUGCUGGCCCAGCGGCAGAGAGAGAUGCUGAGUAAUCACUUGCGUCAGCGUCAGCUGGACCAACAACGGCAGCAGCAGCAACAGCAGCAACAACAGCAGCAGCAACAGCGCAGCUUGGUCAUGAGAGCCCAAGGCCUCAACCUGCCGCCCAACAUGGCCGCAGCAGGCAUGCCCGGAACCAUGAGCAACCCGCGGAUCCCCCAGGCCAACCCUCAGCAGUUCCCCUAUCCGCCCAACUACGGUACAGGACUGGCCUCGCCGCCUCCCUCCACCAGCCCUUUCUCCCCCGGUUCUCCCAACCUCCCCGCCCCCCAGCUCCUCUCCCACAGCGCCAUGCAUGGCUCUCAGAUGAGUCUAGCUAACCAGGGGAUGCUGGGCAGUCUGAGCGGACAGUUUGGGGCUGUUAUGAGCCCUCAAAUGCAGCACAGUGCCUUUCAGUUCCCCAGCUCAGGUAUGAGUCAGCAGUCGGAUGGCGGGUUCGGUGGUGCCGCCACCCCUCAGAGCCCCCUCAUGUCUCCCAGGUUGGGCCACGCCCAGAGUCCCAUGAUGCAACAGGCCCAGGGCAACACUUCUUUCCAGUCCUCCCCUGACAUGAAUGGCUGGACACAGGGCAACAUGAAUGCCAACAGUAUGUUCACUCAGCAGUCGCCACCUCAGUUUGGCCAGCAGGCCAAUAACAACAUGUACAACGGUAACGGCAUGAACCUCAAUGUGCCCAUGGCCACCAACUCAAGCAACAUGGGCCAAAUGGGCAACCAGAUGAGCAUGAGCUCUAUAAACUCUGGACCUGGGGGCAGCAUGGCCAACAUGGGCCCUGAACAGCAGAAGUAUUGUUGACACGGGGCAGAUGACAUCACAAUGCAGUAAAUCGAGUUUAAUGAAGAUGUUUCAUGAGUGAUUUUCAGCUGCAGCGUGAUCAAGGAGAGUUUGGAGUGAUGCUGUGCUAUUUAAGCUGCUAUCGGGGCCGUACGGGUCUUUAGAGAGCCUGUCUACUGCCCCCUACUGGACAUCUCUAGAGGAUGCAUCAGGGGUACUGGAGCUCGGAGGGGACGGACACACUCUCCCUCACUCUCUCUCAAACACACACACAAACACACACGGACACUUUGAUCUUCUGGACCUAGAGCCCCCCCUCCCACCCCCUCAGUCGAGCACGGCCUUCUGUCUCGUACUUACACCGUAAAGCCCUUUCCGUCAGUCUGCUCCGUUGCAUUCACCGUAGUGUGACUUAGGUCUCCCCUGAAAAGACUCAGUGGCAUCGGAAUCCUUGUCUCCCAUGAAUGUAUUCCUCCCCUCUCUUUUUCUCUGUCUUUCUUCUCGUUUCUUCCUCUGGCUCUUCUUAAGAAGACCUUCUUUUGCCCAACCAUCUUUCUCUCUGACUCCUUUCCAAUCUGACGUUCCAAAACAGGCAAGAAUACUGCAUUUGAAAUGCACGCUCAAAUUUCAGCCACUUUGCCUUUUUGUUUUCUUUUUGUUUCAGAGUGCAAAUAAAGAUAGAAUGAUGUUGAAAUGGCAUCUUCAUAGAUUAUGAGAAUCCAGAUGAUGGUUUGUAAAAUUAGCUUCAUUUAGUCAAGAGGUUUAUUGUGUAUUAAAUUAAGUUUUAUUCUAAUGUAUAGUUUCUUUUUUUAAAAUAAAAGUGUAGAUUUCUUUACGAACCAUCAGUUAGAAAGAGGAAAAUCACUCGAGUGCAUAUUCGAAAUGCCUCAGCAGAAGAAAAAGUUCAACAUACCUAUGGAUUUUAUUUUCCUCGGUCCAGUAGUUUCAGAGAGAAGGUGAUUUUGUUGUGGUUAGUCAAAUGAAAUGCUGGUAGAUUGUAAAUACCAAUUCUGGGGGUGGGGGGGAAUCUGUUUCGUAUUAUAUUUAAUUUCCCCCCCCAAUAUAUUUCCCCUUCCUUCCUCCCCUCAAAGUCCAGUCUUAACGGUUUCUGGAACGAGGGCGGAGUUUCUCGCGCCACGCGUGUUCGUUUGGCGGGAAGAUGAGGAUGUGCUGAUUCCUGUGGUACUAAGGAGAGGGAGCUGGGGUGCGGUGGCUCUUCUUUCCUGGGUGGGGGUCUGGGAGGGUGCUGUGUGUACAGUGUACAGAUACUCGCUUGCUUCUAAGCCUUUAGCCGGGAGCCCCACCGGAGGAACCCAACACAGCCAUAAACUCAACACUGAAGCGUGCUUUCUUUGUUGUGUGGAGUGACGUGCUUCAUGCCAGAUGCUAAUAGGUACAAGCAGUGUGUGUAAGAAAAGACAACAAGCAAUAACUAUUACUUGAGGUUUUCUUUUGUUUUCUUUUGUAAUUUUUGUACAGGACUUUUCAGGAGACACAUUUUUGCUCCCCGAUUAAAACUCAGUAUUAAAGACAGAUUUUUUUUAUUGUGGUUUCUAUUUUGAGAAAAAAACAAAAACGAGAUGUCCAAAUCUACUUGUUCCUCAGUGAAAGCAGGUUUUAGUUCUGGUGUAGCCAAAAAAAAUGAAUGAAGCAUUGAUGUUUUACGUGGCUAUUCCUACAUUCACACAUUGUUCGCCGUCUCCAAAACAUCCGGAUCAACGGUUCAGAUUUGGAUCAACGGUCACUACAAACACGUAAACUAUUAAUGUUCGCAAUACAGUCCUUGUUUUCUAGCCUAUUUGAGGACGAAGCCAAAUUUCCUUGCCUUUUGAAUUGAUAGACUUACACAGACAUACCACUUUCAUUUUGUUUUCGUCUCAUGUCUGCACACAGCUUGUAUCGGGGUUAGAUUGUCAGCCUUUAGCUUUCGCUGAAAAUAUCGCCAUGUCAUCUGUGUUUAAGCUGGUGUGUUUAAAAAAAAAAAAAAAGAAGAAGUACUAGGCCUACAUGUUUUUAAGUAUAUACUGUAUGUACCAGCAGCAACUGAAGUUUGCGACGACCAGCUCUGUCAUUAUUCGCUGAAGGUGCCGUGGUUGUGUACGAAUAUACCUGGUGUUUUGGUAUAGCUUUAGCUUUUCCUUUUGAACACUGUAAAUACAAGUUUGAUUUCACAUUGUUUGGGGUGAAGCGUCACUCUGCCCACCAUUCAAAACCUUCUGUAUCCUUUGAGAAACACCUGCAUUCUCGUGUGGGAUAUUUAAUAAUCGAUUUCAAUAAACCCGCUAGCAUUUGUCGACUAAAACGAGUACUUAUUUAUUCCAAGGUUUUUUUUUUAUCACAAUUUCGAUGAAUGUUGGAUGCCUUGAACAAGGACUGACAUCCAUACGCAUCUAUAGCUACUAUCAUAUUGGAGAAAAGCCAGUUUUGAGGUCGCACAUGUACCACUACCCUCUGCAAAGUCCAAAGAUUGUCAAGAUUUUGAAAUAAAUAUAAGCCAUGAUGUGAAGGUGGUGCAGAGUUUUCUAGACUUUUUAUCAGUGCUAGUGCAAAAGAGCCAUUUGUCCUAAAAUAAAGAAGUAAAUCAAUGGAGUUGUAACGGCUAUUGAAUUUCCUAAAAAUGAGUUGUCUUUACCUUACCUUUUGAUUUUUCUUUUCUGAGACUUUAAAUGUGUUUUGUAUAGUCUGCCAAUUUCUUAGAGCUAAAUGCAACAACCUUGAAAUGCUAUAACUUAGCAUAUUGCCUUAGAUCUGUUUUACUGUCUUGUAUAUUACAAAAGUUGUCUGUAUUAUAUUUGUAUAGCGAAUCAUUGACAGGAUCGACCCAGUUCAUCACUGCUCAUCAAUGGAUACGUACAGAACUCUCUCUCUGUUUCUCCCUCACUAUCCUCCAGUCUCGAUAUUGCUCAUUUUCCAUGUUUUGUUUGUGAUCAGUUGUGGGUUUUAUUCUUUUGUACAGUCCUGAUUUUACCCUCUCAGUUAUGUGUGAGAAUGAAGAUGAUGCAAUGGGAAAUCGAAGCAAUAUGUAAUUUAUAAGGACUUUUUGGAGAAAGCUUACAGUGUUGCGCUCCUGAGAUGUAUUUUUUCCCCCAGUUGUGGUCACAUAAACACCUCUGUUCAUCCGCAUCGAUGUGUGUAAUCUUAGUGUGAGCCUUUUAUGCAAAGUUAGAUAUACCGAGAGAAAUUUAAAUACAGUUAUGCAAGUUGUCGACUAAUAUGGCUUUGCUGAUGCUAUUUGAUGUUGAAUCAAAUUGAAUUGUAAAUAAAGAAUUCUGUUAUUGCAACAUUUA